AUGACUGUGGGGAGGCCUGCGGGAGGCCCUGGCGGCGCGGAGUGGAGCCGUCAGUUAUUUCCCCUCAAGUCCUCCUCAGACACAGAGGCAGAAGAGGAGCUGUCUCAGGAUGGGCUGGUUCUGCCCAGGGCUGGCAAACUUGAUGAAUUCCUCAGCCCAGAGGAGGAGACAUAUUCUACUUCUGACUCAACUGGGAGCUUUUACAGGACACCACAGGUACUAAAGCAGAAAGGUAGACAGUGUCUGUUGGAGUUGUUCUUUCAGUCUGACCCAGACAGCAAUGAGAAUUGCUCUGAAGAUGACGAGGCCCUAGAGAGUUUCUUCCAAGACAAAUGCAGGAGGAAGCCGCAGGUCCCGUGUCCUCAGUCUCUGAGGUAUGGCUCCACAAGGCGCUGCAGCUCCCUGAGCAGCCUUUCCUCCAACAUUCCCAGGGCUCAUAUGCAGCCACCCUCAGGCUCUGAGCCUCCCUCCCAACACAGAAGUGUCAACUCCUGGGCAUCAUCCAUUACUAUUCCUCAGCCAUUCCAGAUGACACUACGUGAGGCCCGGAAGAAAGCCCAGUGGCUGGCUUCACCUGCCUCCUUUGAGCAUGAGAGGCAACAGGCCCAGAGACGGGGUCAGGAGGAGGCCGAGUGCCAUCGGCAGUUCCGGGCACAACCUGUGCCUGCACACGUCUACCUGCCCCUGUAUCAUGAGAUCAUGGAACGCAGUGAGUCACGAAGGCGGGUAGGAAUCCAGAAGAGGAAGGAACUGCUCCUCUCCUCCUUGAAGCCCUUCAGCUUCCUAGAAAAGGAGAACCAGCGAAAGGAAUCUGCUCAACAGAGAGACCUGGCUACCACAGUUAAGGCCAAAGCCCCUAAACAGAAGGCCACCAGAAAGAUCCCCAAGUCCAUUCUGGAGCCAGCUCUUGGGGACAAACUUCAGGAAGCUGAGCUCUUCAGGAAAAUUCGCAUUCAGAUGAGGGCCCUGGACAUGCUCCAGAUGGCCUCCUCCCCUCUUGCUUCCUCUAGAAACCAGGCUGACCGAGAGCCCCGCACAGCCACCCGAACCCAAAAGGAAAAGCUUGGGUUUCUGUACACUGACUUUGAAUUCCAGCCUCGGGUGAACCCUGUGGUCCCCAACUACGAGGACCUUUACAAGGCCUUCCAGAGAAGAGCUGCCAAAAAAAGGGAAACCCGAGAGGUGACUCGCAACAAGCCCUUCUUGUUGAGGACUGCCAGCCUGCAUCACACUCGGCGGCCCUGUGAUGCCUCCUCCACUGGAGGGAGGAGGGAUUCUCCACAGCCACCAAUUACACCCCUGCCAAGGAGUCGUUCUCUGAGUGGCCUUGCUUCCCUCUCUGCUAACACCCUCCCUGUGCACAUCACAGAUGCCACCAGGAAGAGGGAAUCUGCAGUCAGAAAUUCACUGGAAAAAAAGGAAAAAGCAGAUGACAGUAUUCAGUGGUUAGAGAUGCACAAAAGGAAAUGUCAAGCAAUGUCUAAAUCUGUGACCUUACGUGCAAAAGCCAUGGAUCCCCAUAAAAGUCUGGAGGAGGUAUUCAAAGCAAAGCUGAAAGAGAACAGGAACAAUGACCGUAAAAGAGCAAAAGAGUAUAAGAAAGAAUUGGAGGAAAUGAAGAAGAGAAUACAAACAAGGCCGUAUCUCUUUGAACAAGUUACCAAGGAUUUUGCCAGGAAAGAAGCAGAAAAACUGUACCUGGACACCCUAAAGCAGGCUGGGCUGGAGGAAGACUUUGUGAGGAACAAGGGUGAAGAUAUCCCAGCUGUACAAGGGAAGGAAGGAACCAAAGUCAGGAAUUCUCCCAGCAUCCAUGAAACUACAAAACUCAGCAUUAGGGAUCCACAGCAAGAUUUAGAAGACUCUCUAGAACAGCCUACCAGCCCCAAGAAAGUACUGGAGGAGCUGUCUUAUGAAUCACUGGACAAUCUGAAGUCACUUGCUUAAUCAGUACACUUAAAAUCACUGCUUUUGAA